AUGGAUAUCCACGUCGACAAAUACCCGGCUAAGAGUCACGCCAGGCGCGUCGCCGAGAAGCUCAAGGCCGCGGGGCACGGCUCUACCGGCAUCAUCUUCGUCGAAGGCCAAAAGGAGCAUAUUAUCGAUGAUAGCGACGAGCCGUUUCACUUCCGUCAACGCCGAAACUUCCUCUAUCUGUCCGGCUGUCUUGAGGCCGAGUGCUCCGUUGCAUACAACAUCGAGAAAGAUGAGCUUACAUUGUUCAUUCCACCAGUCGACCCAGCCUCGGUUAUGUGGUCCGGCCUCCCUCUUGAGCCCGCCGAAGCCUUGAAGCAGUUCGAUGUUGAUGCCGUGCUCCUCACAACUGAGAUAAACAACUAUCUCGCGAAGUGUGGGGGCGAGAAGGUCUUCACCAUUGCAGACAGAGUUUGCCCGGAGGUCUCCUUCUCAUCCUUCAAGCACAACGACACCGAUGCCCUGAAGCUUGCCAUCGAGUCCUGCCGUAUAGUGAAAGACGAGUAUGAAAUUGGUCUUCUCCGACGUGCUAAUGAGGUCUCCAGCCAAGCUCAUAUUGAAGUGAUGAAAGCCGCAACCAAGUCAAAGAACGAGAGAGAGCUCUAUGCUACUCUCAACUAUGUCUGCAUGUCUAAUGGCUGCUCCGACCAGUCUUACCAUCCAAUUCUUGCAUGUGGCCCCAAUGCUGCCACUCUCCACUACACCAAGAACAACGGUGACCUAACUAACCCGGCUACCGGGAUUAAGGACCAGCUCGUACUUAUCGACGCUGGAUGCCAGUACAAGGCGUACUGUGCAGAUAUCACUCGUGCAUUCCCCUUGUCCGGCAAAUUCACCACGGAGGGCCGCCAGAUCUAUGAUAUUGCCUUGGAGAUGCAGAAAGUCGCGUUUGGCAUGAUCAAACCUAAUGUUUUGUUCGACGACAUGCAUGCUGCGGUCCACCGGGUUGCGAUCAAGGGGCUGCUCAAGAUUGGCAUUCUCACUGGCUCUGAGGAUGAGAUUUUCGAUAAGGGAAUCAGCACUGCCUUUUUCCCACAUGGUCUAGGCCACCAUCUCGGCAUGGACACUCACGAUGUUGGAGGAAACCCUAACCCGGCUGACCCGAAUCGCAUGUUUAAAUACUUGCGUCUGCGAGGCACUGUUCCAGAGGGAUCCGUCAUUACAAUUGAGCCCGGUGUCUACUUCUGCCGUUACAUCAUUGAGCCAUUCCUUACUAACCCCGAGACCAGCAAGUACAUCAACUCCGAAGUUCUAGACAAGUACUGGGCUGUUGGAGGUGUACGUAUCGAGGACAACGUCGUCGUCCGCGCCAAUGGCUUUGAGAACCUGACCACGGUGCCAAAGGAGCCCGAGGAGGUCGAACGCAUUGUCCAGGAGGGUGCUAAAUAA